AUGGGAACUGACCGAAGGCCAAGAUGUGAUUGUCCAAUCAAGUAUAUAUUAAAUGAUCCGAAGGACAAAUUAGGCAGCUGCAGCCGCAAUUUCCCUGAGCAAGUUUGUAAGGAUGAAUCUCGCGGUGUUGAGGUUUUCACAAUGCACGAAAUGCUCCACACUAACUGGAUUGGUAGUGAUUAUGAGUAUUACGGAGAUGUUACUGAGGAUUGGUGCAAACAGAAUUGUUUGAGUGAUUGUUAUUGCGUUGCUGCUGUUCACCAUCCAAGAAAAGAAUGUUGGAAGAAAAGGAAUCCGCUUUUAAACGGGAGAACAGAUCCAACAGAAGUAUCAAAAACGCUUUUGAAAAUAACGAAAGACAACUCCAUAGUAGGACCAACAACAACAACAACAACUACUACUGCUACGCCUCGGUCUCAAGCUGGUGAAAAGAGAAAAAAUCAAUCUAGUCUAAUCAUUUCUGUUUCUUAUGUUUUUAAGUUUAAAGGGAAAUAUCCAAAGAAGCUUUCAGCAUAUCAAGCUGUUCCAGGAGUGAACAUAAGAAGUUUUAGCUACAAUGAGCUAGAAGAAGCUACAAACGGAUUCGAGGAACAGUUAGGAACCGGUGCCUUCUCAACAGGUUACAAAGCGGUUCUUAACGAUGACGAUGGGAAAAUAGUUGCUGUCAUGAAACUACACAAGACGGUAACAGAAGGAGAACAAGGAUUCCUAGCUGAAGUAAAUUCAAUCAGAAGGACUAAUCACAAGAACUUGGUCCAACUCCUCGGGUUCUGUAAUGAAGGCCAACACCGGCUUUUGGUGUAUGAACACAUGGAAACUGGCUCAUUAGCAGACUUGCUAUUCAAAGAUUCUAGGCUUAGUUGGUCGCAGAGGGUACAAGUUGCGAUAGACACCGCUAAAGGGCUUUGCUAUUUGCAUGAAGAGUGUAGCACCCAAAUUAUACAUUGUGAUAUCAUGCCCCAAAAUGUGCUUUUAGAUGAAGGUUUGACAGCAAAAAUAGCAGAUUACGGAAUAGCCAAGCUUUUGAGGAAAGAUCAGACUCGAACAACCACUAAGAUACGUGGGACAAGAGGGUAUGUAGCCCCAGAGUGGUUCAGGAAUAUGCCUAUAACCGUCAAAGUGGACGUGUACAGCUUUGGAAUCUUGCUUUUAGAGCUGAUUUGCUGCAGAAAAAGUUACAAGCAAGAUGUGGCGAAUGAGAAUGAAAUGAUACUCGCGGAGUGGGCUUGUGAUUGCUACAGGAGAAAGGAGUUGCAUUUACUCGCGGGUGAUGAUGAAGAGGCUGUAGAAGAUAUCGAGAUGUUCAAGAAGUUGUUGAUGGUUGCUAUUUGGUGCAUUCAAGAAAAUCCAGCAUUGAGGCCUAGCAUGAAGAAAGUCAUGCUAACACUUGAAGGUUCUGUUGAAGUCUCAAUCCCUCCAGACCCAUUUUCCUUUAUCUGUUCUGUUUAG